UAAAAAUUUAAAUAAAAAAUUAAAUCUCUCUCUCUCUCUCUCUCUCUCUCUCUUAGAAACAAAAAGUGAGACAGCGAUAUCAAAGCAAAAACCCUUAAAGGCGAAGCUUUCUUUCUUAUUUUUGGAAUAAUCUUCUUCUUCUUCUUCUUCUUCUUCUUCACUUAAAUUGUUAGCUGUCUCUCGUCAUGCAGUUGCAGUCAUCAGCCUCCUCUUUUAAUUCAUCGAUUCCUUCAUUCUCCUCUAUUUUCUUCUCUGUUAGGAAAAAACCCGCUUUUUCUUUCAUGUCCAGAGCUAAGCCGAGGUUGGUCGACCUUGUUUGCAGCAUGAGCGAGACUGGCGCCAAGACUAAGGAGACGAAGCUGUGGGGUGGCAGAUUCGAAGAGAGCGUGACGGAGAUUGUGGAGAAGUUCACGGAGUCUAUUUCAUUUGAUAAGCAGCUGUACAAGCAUGAUAUCUUGGGGAGCAAAGCUCAUGCCUCUAUGCUCGCUGAACAGGGACUGAUCAGUGAGAGUGAUAGAGAUAGUAUUUUGCAAGGACUUGAUGAGAUUGAGAGAAACAUUGAAGCUGGUCAGUUCAUAUGGAGGACUGACCGUGAGGAUGUGCACAUGAACAUUGAAGCCGCUCUCACUGAUAUGAUUGGUGAACCUGCAAAGAAGCUUCACACAGCUAGGAGUCGAAAUGAUCAAGUGUUGACUGAUUUUCGACUAUGGUGUCGUGAUGCAAUUGUUAUGAUCCUCACCAGUAUUAAACAUCUUCAGGUUGCACUGGUGACAUUGGCUUUGAAGAACAAUGGACUUAUUGUCCCUGGUUAUACACAUCUGCAAAGGGCUCAACCUGUUUUAUUGCAGCAUCUUCUCUUAGCAUAUGUUGAGCAGCUUGAACGUGAUGCUGGUCGGUUGCUAGAUUGCAGAGAUAGGCUGAAUUUCUGCCCUCUAGGUGCUUGUGCAUUGGCUGGGACUGGCCUGCCUAUUGAUAGGUUUAGGACUUCCAAAGCUCUGGGAUUCACUGCCCCAAUGAGGAACAGCAUUGAUGCAGUUUCAGACAGAGACUUUGUCUUGGAGUUCCUUUCUGCUAAUUCCAUCAUAGCUGUUCAUCUCUCUCGACUUGGCGAAGAAUGGGUAUUAUGGGCUUCCGAAGAGUUUGGAUUUAUCACACCAAGUGACUCUGUCUCCACAGGUAGUAGUAUAAUGCCUCAGAAGAAAAAUCCAGAUCCAAUGGAACUUGUUCGAGGAAAGUCUGCUCGAGUCAUUGGAGAUUUGGUCACUCUUCUUACAUUGUGCAAAGGACUUCCUCUUGCAUACAAUCGCGAUUUGCAGGAAGAUAAGGAACCUAUGUUUGAUAGUGUUAAGACUAUAGUGGGAAUGCUGGAAGUUUCAGCAGAGUUUGCAAAGAACAUUACCUUCAAUCGAGAAAGAAUACAAAAGGCUUUGCCAGCUGGCCAUCUGGAUGCCACAACUCUUGCUGAUUAUCUCGUCAAGAAGGGAAUGCCUUUUAGAACUUCUCAUGACAUAGUUGGAAGAUCAGUGGCUCUCUGCGUGUCAAAAAGCUGUCAACUUCAGGACCUGACUCUUGACGAAAUGAGAACUCUAAGUCCAGUGUUCGACGAGGAUGUAUAUGAAUUUAUUGGGGUUGAGAAUGCAAUCAAGAAGUUCUCCUCAUAUGGUUCCACCGGAUCAACGUGUGUUGCAGACCAACUUAAUUACUGGGUUACCAAGUUAGAAAUAAAUAAAUGAGGAUGUAUAUGAAUUUAUUGGGGUUGAGAAUGCAAUCAAGAAGUUCUCCUCAUAUGGUUCCACCGGAUCAACGUGUGUUGCGGCCAACUUAAUUACUGGGUUACCAAGUUAGAAAUAAAUAAAAGUUAACCUUGCUGAGAAGUUAGAUCUCCUUGUCACUUUUCCAGAGGCUGAUUUUUAGAGUCCUUAUUCUGAUAUUCAUUUCUCCACAUCCUGGUUAAUGGAGUGACGAUGCAGUGGCCAUGAGGCACUGGAAAGGAGUAGUGUCGAUUAUUUAGGUUUGGAUGAUCCACAAGUAGAAUAUUGUUUAGGUGAUUAUUGGAGGAAGUAAAAUUUGAAUUACUGGAAAUUUUGUAAAAAUACUGUCUGUUAUUUGAUGAUUUUCCAUUAGAAAUGUUGUUGAGAAUGAUUUUCUUUAGAAUCAGAAUGAUUUUCAAUGUGGUCCGGAAA